AUGGCUUUCCGACUGAAAAGAGAGUGCUUUGAGGAGGGAGAGGCGGAGGAGGAGUCCUUGUCGCUUUCUGAUUUUCCGGUGUCCGCCGGCGAGGACGACUGCGCGUGCAAGUCUAGCGAUGCAGCAGACGAGUUUGAGUUUCAAGUAUCGGCUGCCGGCGGACUCCUCGGCGGUGCGGGGGAGGCAGGGAUGUGCGUGGCCGACGAGGUGUUCUUCCAGGGCCAGAUUCUCCCCCUGCGGCCCUCUGUCAGCUCCGACAGCGGCUUCCUUAGCCGUGGGGCGAGCCGGCGGUCGGAGUCUCUGGACCAGUAUUACUCGGCCGCCAUCCUCGGCUUGGGGUUCCACAGCACGAGCCGGAGUAGCAGCACCAGCAGCCGGAGCAGCAGCAACGGCAGCGGGAUGAGCAGGAGCCAUUCGUCGAACAACUUCUACGCGCGCCCGAGUCCCACGCCGCGGAUCCGAACACACAGAAAAACAAACUCCGGGCGGAGGAGCGCGAGCUCCGUGACGCCGGGAUGGGGAAUAUUCCGGCUUGGGAUCGCCAAAGCCCCUGAGAUCGAACUGCACGACAUCAUGCUGCGGAGGCCGGGCGGCGGCGGCGGCGUCAGUGCCCGCACCAACAAUGCAGAAGCAGACCACGCGAAGAAGGAAAAAUCCAAACGCAGCAGGAGCAGGGGCGGCCUGAUCUGCAGGUGCUCGCCGGAGGCGGUGGAGCCGGUCGCCGCGUCGACGAAGCAAAAGGCGGCGGAGGCGAGGUCCAAAAAUCUCAGGCUAUUUGCCUGGUUGCAUCAAGGGCGAUCAUUUACAAAGGCAGCAGCAAGGUGCUAA